GCCCGCGCGAGCGACCGCAGGGAAUGGAAGCUGAGAACGCCGGCAGCUAUUCCUUUCAGCAAGCUCAAGCUUUUUAUACAUUUCCAUUUCAACAAAUGAUGGCCGAAGCUCCUAACGUGGCAGUUAUGAAUGAACAGCCAGUGAUGGCAGAAGGUCCAGCUGAAGCUCCUGCUCAGGAACCUGUACAAGAGGCUCCAAAAGGAAGGAAAAGAAAACCCAGAACAACAGAACCAAAAAAACCAGUGGAACCCAAAAAACCUGCUGAGUCAAAAAAAUCUGGCAAAUCAGCGAAAUCAAAAGAACAGCAAGAAAAAAUUACAGAUGCGUUUAAAGUGAAAAGAAAAGUAGACCGUUUUAAUGGUGUUUCAGAAGCUGAACUUUUGACCAAGACUCUCCCUGACAUUUUGACCUUCAACUUGGACAUCGUGAUUAUUGGGAUAAACCCAGGACUCAUGGCUGCUUACAAAGGGCAUCAUUACCCUGGACCUGGAAACCAUUUUUGGAAGUGUCUGUUUAUGUCAGGGCUGAGUGAGGUCCAACUGAAUCAUAUGGAUGACCACACUUUACCUGGGAAGUAUGGUAUUGGGUUUACCAACAUGGUGGAAAGGACGACGCCAGGCAGCAAAGAUCUUUCCAGUAAAGAAUUUCGUGAAGGAGGACGUAUUCUAGUACAGAAAUUACAGAAAUAUCAGCCACGAAUAGCGGUGUUUAAUGGAAAAUGUAUUUAUGAAAUUUUUAGUAAAGAAGUUUUUGGAGUAAAAGUUAAGAACUUGGAAUUUGGGCUUCAACCCCAUAAGAUCCCAGACACAGAAACUCUCUGCUAUGUGAUGCCAUCGUCCAGCGCGCGAUGUGCUCAGUUUCCUCGAGCCCAGGACAAAGUUCAUUACUACAUUAAGCUGAAGGACUUACGAGAUCAGUUGAAAGGCAUCGAACGAAACACAGACGUCCAAGAGGUGCAGUACACGUUCGACCUGCAGCUUGCCCAAGAGGAUGCAAAGAAAAUGGCUGUUAAGGAAGAAAAAUACGAUCCAGGUUACGAAGCAGCGUACGGUGGCGCUUACAGUGAAAAUCCGUGCAAUAGUGAACCUUGUGGCUUCUCUUCAAAUGGGCUAACAGCGGACAGUGUGGAGUUAAGAGGAGAAUCAACUUUCAGUGACGUUCCAAACGAGCAGUGGAUAAGCCAGCCAUUUGCAGACCAGACUCCCUCUUUUAAUCACUGUGGAACACAAGAACAAGAAGGAAACUGCGCUUAAGAAUGGGGUUUCUCAGCUGUGCUUACAUGCUGCAGUUUUAAUGCAGUCGUCAGGAAGCAGAACCUCGGUGUGCUAACUAAGUAUUUGAUUGGUCUUUUACUCUAGUGGUGUGCUUACGGUCAAGAACACUUGUGUGGUAGAAUCACCUCUAUGAACCUGAGUAGCUUAGAAGGAAAAGUAGGGUUUUUUUGUAUAUGAGUUUUUGUAUUUGAAUUAAGCAUCAUUCCAGCUUUUUAUAUACUAUAUUGCAUUUAUGAAGAAAUUGAUUUUCUUUGGGGAGUGACUUUUGAUCUAUAAUUUUAAAAUACAAGUCUGAAUAUUUAUAGUUAAUUCUUAACUGUGCAUAAACCUAGAGGUACCAUUAUCCCUUUCUGCCUGAGAAGGGCAUGCUCAUGAUGGGAAGUGCCGCUGGUGAAGGAGCAAAGGUGCUGACUUUCGUAGAUGAAGUUAACCCUCAGUGGAGGCUCAUCUGUUAGUUUCAAGUGGUGGUUAAUGAGACCUCCUUGCUUUCCCAGCGGUGUUCAUGAGAGCUGCUUCGUAAUAGAAUCGUGGAACAAGGCCUUGCCAGCCAGCCUGGCCUUCCCUGAUAGGGCACUGAACCCUGUCCUUUGCCACCUCAGCCCUGUGUGCUAAUCCUCUGGUAGGCAGAAACUAUUCUGCUGGGAUGGUAAGUUCCAGAGACUGCAGUAGACCUUUUAUAUGUUGUUACUUAUCUCAGUUUUACUUGAGAGAUGUAAAUGUGACAGGGAAGGAACUGAAUUUUCCCUGUCAGUAUUUAUCACCAUUCUAAUUUAUCCCCUCCUUGGCUUUAAGGAAAGGACAUGGAAAGUGGUAAGAAAUGAACUUUUAGGCUGAACAAAAAGAUGCUGGGGAUGUUUGAUCAUCUUAUUUAAACUGGUGCUUUCUGUACAUGAGAUGUACUGAAAUAAAUAAUACAGGAUCCUCCUUGCUGGGUAAACCUAGAAAGCCAAUUACUUAAAAAAUUCUUUCUCUGCAUCAUCACUGUUAGUUACAGUGGAUUAAGUGAACCUCAUGAAUGGUUGUUCUGAGUUAAGUACCUUUGUGAUUUUCUAAUGCGUUUUCCAUGGUGCUACAAAGAGUCCAUACUUCCUGGAUCUGGAGGAAUUAAAGCUGGUUACUCAAAAAUGCCAUUUGCAUUCAAGUCCUAAUCACUCCUGAAGAUUCUGGUUUCACACAUGGAGCAUGCUGUUUUUUCUGAAGUAUUUCUGAGGUUCUUCCCCUCAGGAGGAUACAUGGCCUGUUCUUUUCUUAGAAAUAAGAGAAACACAUUCGUGUUGUGAAUCUUAACAUGCUUUUAGCUGUGGCUAUAAUGGAUUUUAAUUUUUCCGAAGUCUAGAUCGAGCUGUGUAAAUGUCAUUCAUGUUAUUUAACUGAUGUACUGUACUGCUGUUUACAUGGACGUUUUGUGCGGGUGCUUUGAAGUGCCUUGCAUCAGGGAUUAGGAGCAACUGAAUUAUUUUUUCAUGCGACUAUGUAAAGCAUGUAACUAGGUAUUGUUUUGGUAUAUAACUAUUGUAGAUUUACAAUAAAUUUUAUUUGAGUGGGAAAAAAUCCCCUUUAAAUUAUGACAAACACUCACUAGAGAAUGGGUUUCAAGUUUUUCCAACCAUACAGGUAUGGUGGUUUUCAUCAAACUUGACAAAGUAGUAAAUGUUGAUGUUUCCUGUACAUGACAGUAUGAGACUUUUUCAUUAAAUAAUAUCGAAAGAUUUUUCAAUUCA